AUUGGAAGGAAUUUUUCAUUUAAAUAUUAAAUAAAUUGGGAAUAUUAUUAUAAAAAUUUUUAAUUUAAAACUUUAUAAAAUAUUGAUGGAUUUGUGAUAAAAAUAUGGAAUUCGAGAAUCAAAUGAAUUCUGAAGAAUCCAGCAAUAAAACAAAUAAAAGAAAGAUGGAAAAGUUAUAUGAAAUUGAUGACUUUUGGUUAAUUUAUACAUUACAUUUAUAUAAUUAUCUUAACAAUCGGUUUAUAAUUUUCAACUGUCACUGUUAUCAUCGAUUUUACAAUUCAAUUGAUUUUUAUGAAAAUAUAUUUAUCAAAAAACAAUCUUACCUGGCAUGUAUCAUUUCCAACGAAGAAAAUCGAUUACGACACAUGUGUUUCCCGAUAAUGCUUGGCUCAAUGAUUGAUCUCCAUCUAAGACCACACCAUGAACUAGAUCCAGAUGUUUUUGGUUGUUUCAUAAUUAAUGGUUCAUUGAAAAUUUUGCCAAAUUUUCAAACAAAUAACCUCAACUCAAUGCAUAUAUACAGCUACAAGAAUGAGCGAUGUGUAAGAUGGGUUAUUAAAACUGACAAAAGCAUCUGUCAUUUAUACUACUCUAGUGCAAAAGAAGGUAAAGUUUUAUCAGAAUUUACUGAUACUCCAAAUCAAAUAAAUGCAUCAGUUGAUGAUGAUUGUUUUUUAUCACUAUUGGAUAUAAACAAAAAUGAACAUAGUCCAACUCGUUCGAAAAAAAUAUCUGCAAAUAUUGACAAAAAUACUUGUAACAAUAAUUGGAUUAACUUUGUUAAUGAAGUAAAUCCUUAUAAUUGUAAUAAUAUUACUACUGACCAAUAUAUUGAUGUUUUUCAAUUACUUUUGAGAGAUUAUCCACAUAUUGACGAUUUAAGUAAUAAAACCAUCAUUACUGCACCAAUGAUUCUUUACCGUGUGGUCACAAUGACCAAACAUACAAAGUUGAAACAAAUUUUUGAAAGUGGAAAUCUUUUCUAUGUACUUUCCAAAAAAAAGCAUAUGACUUUAAUAAAAGAUUUUGCCAAUAUGUAUCUUAAUAUUGAAGGCCAAAAGCAUGAUAAAAUUCGCUUUAUGCUUGAUUUAACUAAAAGAUCAAUAAAUCGACAGACAAGAAAUAGUCGAGCAUUGUUAUUUCCUCGUGAUGCUGACCGUUAUAUUUGUUAUUUAACUUGUAAAGAAAUGAAAGAUGCUGGAGAAACAAUUAAUUUUUCUCAUUAUGUUACAAUUACAUUACCGAUUAAUGAAAAAAUAAUCCAACAAGAAGUUAUAAAAUCUGGUAAUUAUUCAACAGGUGAUUUACAAAUUAUUAUAAAUGGAUUUUUUACCAAUUGUUAUGUUGAUAACACAUUAGAAGCAUUAGUUGAAUUUAAACGUCGAAUUCCAAUGAUAACCUUCAUUCGUUUGGAUAAUAAAUAUUUAUUUACCUACACUAAAGGUUAUGUUUUAAUUAAAUAUAGUAGUAAAUAUAAAAUUUUUGUUUCACCAUAUGAAGCACAAAAUCUCUUUCCAGACUGUUUUGAUCAUUAUGGUCCAUUUACUCGUUUUGGUAGUUUUGCAAGACAGUUGUCAUCAUCAAUAUUAAAAACGCCUGCACCAAAAUGUACUGUUACUAUUAAUAACAUUCGUGGAGCUUGUAAUAUCAUUAAUACUCGAUUUAAAGCCCAAGCUUUCUUGACAUCCAUUGGUUAUAAUAGUGCCAUCAUUUAUCAACGACGUGGUAACAAAGAAAUUCUAACUCCGGGAGUAGAAUACUCACGAGUAACUUUGUGUAAUAAUAAUAUUGAUGUUCAGUCUUUGAACAAUCAGAAUGGACAAAGCAGUACUAUCACAAAUACCACUAUUGACAACAACAAAUUUUUGCCAAUUGCUAGAGAAAAGCGUAUCGCAUUUGAGUGGUUAAAAUUUGCAGAAAGAUGGGAUAUUAAACCUAAAAACCAACAAGUAAUCGAUAGUUAUUUUGAGAAAAUAGAUAACAGUAUAUUUAAAUCAACAAAAUCCGCUAUACCUCAGGAUAAUAGUGGAUUCUUUGGAGUCGUUACAAGCAUGAUUGAUCCUAACGCUGAACAAAGUAAUUAUUGGUAUUUAGAAUUUUUGAAAAACACCUUUCCUAUAAAAUUUUUAUGCAUUGAUAAUCGCUAUUCUAUAAUCAUGAACAAUGAUAACGAUGAAGUUAAUUUAUUUCAUAAUGCUUCUGUGAAAAUCAUUACAAAUGGUGAUGAUUAUAAAAAUUUCCUUUCAAAAAUUAUGGAAUAUGAUAACACUUCCAUUUCAUUGUAUAAUUAUACACCAACAAUCAUUCAAAAUGUUGAUAUGUCGAGUGAUAUAAAUCCAGAUGCAUCAUUAUAUGAGGUACCAAAGAAAAAACGGAAAAAAAAGAAUGGACAAAGUGUCAACAUGGUUUUACAGCCGCAAAGUAAAUAUUCAAAACCUACAAACCCUAAAAGAAUGCAAAAUACUUCCAUGUUUAAAUCAUUUGAAAUUAUGAUGAAUUGUGAUGAGUACUAUCAAUUAUAUACUCGAAAACUAUACGGUUUAUUAUGUAGUGAUCACUACGAAGAUCGACAUACAAAUCAAGUGGUACUUUAUUGUGCAUUUGGUGAUGUAGAAGGUGGAUGUAUUGAAGAUGGUAUCGUACUAGAUGAAGCUUUUGUAGCAAAUGCACCAAACAAAUUAAUAUCUGUAACGUUAGCAGUCAAGUUCUCGCCAUAUGAUUGUAUCAACGAUCCCGUUACUGGAGAACAGUUAACUGAAUUCAAAUCUCGUAAGAAAAAUACAAUUCGUAAAAAUCGGAAAAUUAAAGUUCCACAAAAUGCAAGUCAACAUGACAAAGAUACUGAUGGAAAUGAAUGUAAUAAUUCAUCUGAUAUGUAUUAUCCUCCAUUACAUAUAAAAUAUACUCCAAUUAAUAGGGAAUUAGAUCGAAGUUUGAUCUUUGGGGUGGUUUCAAGUAACCAAAAGCUUCUUACUUUUAAAAGCAAAAAUGUAAAUAUUAUUGAAACUAAUUUAAAGUCACAUAAUUAUUAUGUUAUUUAUUGCGUAGAAUUCACUAAUUAUAACAAAGUUAUUGAAUCAUAUUAUAAUGAAGCUUCAAGUACAGUGAUUAUUCAUUAUCGAUAUUUACGGCCAAUUGGUGUUGAUAUGAAAUUUUGUAAUAAGCAUGGCCAAAAAGCAAUCGUGUCUUCUGUACGUGAUUUGAGUUAUUACCGAGCUUGGACUCGAUCAGGGAAAUGCGUUCAUCCUCAGAUAUUAUAUAGUAUGCAAAGUUUAAUUGGGAGAAUGGCUGCUGGACAGGUACAUGAAAUGUUGGCUAAUGAAGAAUGUGCUUUUGGUGAAAAUGGUGAAGUCGUAGCACCGAUGUCAUUCGUUAUUCAUUCAGUAGAGUCAUCAGUAAAAAGUAAAAUUACUUCAGCACUACGAAUCGAUUUAAUGACUCAACAAAAUGGAUUUGAUGCUAAUAUGUGCAGUAGUUUAGCUUUGAUGCACACUAUGCAGCAUUCAGCUAAUUUUACAGAUAGUCAUGCAAGAUUGCAUUACUUGAAAGAGUUGUUUAAAUUGAAUGGAAUCAAUUUUGAAUUUCUCUAGAAUAAUUGUAUGAGUUUUUAGUGAAUUUAAUAAAGAAAUAUAUACUAUCAAAUUA